UUUUUUUUUCGGUUGUAACAAAUCAAAUUUAUAUAUUUUAUUUCAUUAUGCAACGUUCAACAGCAACAGAAGAUUUAACUAGUGUAGAGUGGCGUGAUACAAAUUGGUUAGAGCGUGUAGGUGGUUUUCAAAAUCAACAUAUGGUAUUAGAAUAUUUCGCCAUGUCACCUUUUUGGGAUCGUCAAAGCAACAACCAGAUAUUAGCAAUGCAAACACAAUAUAACGACUUGAAACAAAGCAAUGAAAUCACUAUGGAAGCAUUAAGGAAGAUGACAGGUAUAGAGUUUGCUGUUACUCAUGAACAACCUCCAGUGUGGGUUAUUCAAAAGAGAUAUCGUCGUGGUCCUGCUCCUGAUGAUGUGAAUCCAAUUGCAACUUAUUAUAUUAUGGGCGCUAAUGUUUAUCAAUCACCAACUAUCUACUCUGUCAUUGCCAACCGUUUAUUAACUAGUUUAUUCCAUGUGAAUAGUGCAUUUAAAGAAACACAAUCAGUCAUGGAUUUUAAUCCUUCUAAAGGUUAUAGCUGGAAAACAUCAAAGGAAAAAACUGAUAAAGGUAAGUGAAUAGAAAAGUAAUAAUAGAGUAUUGAUUGUUAUUAUUUUAGGACAACCGAAUAUGUUACGAGCUCAAGAAAAUCAAGCUUUUCGAAUGUGUAUGGAUCGAGCUAUUGAUACUUCUGCUUUCCGUAUAGAACAAGUUAGACACAUCAUUGAACAUUCAGAUACCAAUGUAAAUACACCUCCUACAAAGUCUCAAUCAACAGAUUCACUCCAAUCGGUAAAGAAUGAUGAAGUCAGAAAUGAUAUAUACGAUUUUAUUAAUUUCAUAUAUAUAUAUAUAUAUUAGAUGACACAACAACAGGAUACCAACCUAAAACGACCUAGAAAGAAGAUUGUGGAUGAAGGAAGUGGUAUGGCAAGCACCAAACGAAGAAAAAAACCAACGACAAAUCCUCAAGAAACCGAUCUAGUUUAGAUUAAUUCAAUCCUCUCUUUCUUCUUAUAUAUCAACCUUAUUUUUUUAUUAUUAUUAUAUUUUAAUCAAUAAAAC